AUGGCAACUCGGUCUCUCACUGCAUUUGAUGUUCAAGCUGUACUUCUCUAUUCGAUCGUCGUUUAUUGGUGCAAUGAACCAGACCGAGGCGUCGAGCUACUUGAUGAAGCGAUCCGCAUGGCAGUAUCCCUCGGAAUGAAUAGGAAGGAAUGCUCUCAGACCUAUGGGCAUGGCGACCCGAUCCUUGAGGAAAGCUUGCGACGAACUUGGUGGGUGAUCUACAUCACCGACGCCCACAUCGCCGGCAGCACACACACAUAUCCAUUUCGAACCAGUAGCAUUGAUACAACUACAGACCUUCCCUGCGAGGAAGAUGAAUAUGAAAGCGGAAACAUGCCACCGCCAAGAUCAAUAGAGGAUUAUGAGAACCGUGAAUUUUGCACCGAGGAAGACACUGAAUUUUCGUCCUAUGCAGAGCUCAUUGGUCUGACUCUGGCAGUUGAUCGGGCUUUAUCGCCGGGGAGUACGACAGACCCUCAACUCUACAUUGCCAUGGCUUCCGCCUCUGAUACCAGCAUUCGAGCGUGGUACAGCCUUCUUUCUCCAUCGAAGAGAGAGCCCAUUCGGCCUGAUGGAUCUAUUGAUGAAGUGAUGUUCAAGGCAUUGUUCAUCAUGCACACGUACAACAUUGAGAUUCACCGACCGCUGUCCGCAUUAACGCACAGCGCAAUUGAGUCUGUCUCACACUGUGCUCCCAGGGCGCCAUCAGAGCAACUGAAAUGCAACAACGCCAAAGAAAAAGACCUUCACACCCUCAAAUGUACGAAGGCUAUACACAGCAUCGAUGAAUUGUUGACUCUGCCAACCAACAUGAAAUCACACUCUCCGUUCAUAAUUUGCAUGAUUGCCAAUGUGACCAUCGCACAUCUAUCAGCUUGUCGAUUUAUCUACCAUGGCCAGAGAUUAUCCCAGAGCCGUGAGAAGAUUCGUUUGGCGAUGGGCACUUUGAAACGCCUCAGUGAGCAUUGGGUUUUGGGCAAGCGGACAUACCGUGAAAUCGGGAUUAUUGCUCGAGAGCUAUUAUCGCUGGCAAAAGAUACCCCUGUUGGUUUGGGGGGCGUGGGUUUAUCUUUCCCAGAUCCACCGUCUAUUGGUAUGCCUGCUUCAGAUAUGCUACCGGACGGAAAUUUCGACUUUUGUUCCUUUUUCGAUUCGGCUACAUCUGGCCUCAGUGAGCCUAGCUUGCAAUUUAUUUUGUGA